GAAGCAGAAGAUAUCAGGCUAUAUUUGAUUUUUUGAAACAGAGUAAGUUAUAUAAUAGGAUAUAGUGGUUUUUUUGUGUUUGUUUUGUCAUGUGGUCCACACUCCUUACCAGUUGGUGGCAGUAAUGCUCACCCAACGUUUUUUUGCCAACCGCCAAUAAAUUUAAACAAGAAGAAGAAGAAGAACUCAAAACGGUUCUGAUGCUCCGCGGAGCCUGUAGUGUCUGUGGGUCCGGCCCCGUGUUUCCGUGGAUUCCGAGGCCGAAAUGGAACGCAGCAAGGCGGCUGGAAGUGUGGAAGUGAGGCGGGUGAUCGGAGCUCUCUGCCGGCUGCUGGCGGGGCUCGGUGUGGAUCCUGUCCCCGCGCCGGACGCUUUCCGACGGGCCAAGUUUGGAGGAGGACCCGAGGAUUCCUUCUGGCUGCUGCUCUCCAACAUCCUUCAGAGGUCAGGGGUCAUUUCCUCUGAUACCAUCUGCCAGUCGACGGGAGGGAGCAGGGAGCUGGUGGCGGUGGGCCUUUGGCAGAGCGGUUACCAUGGCGACUUGACAUCGGGAGGGUCCGGUGGCUCCGGUUCCGACCCGCUGCUGGCGCUGGGCUGGCUGCUGGCCCAGGGGGUUCUGGAGAAGCUGCUGGCGGGUCAGGUCGCCGAGCUGGACCGCACGCUGUUGGACACCGGCCCGGCAACGACCAGAACCAGAACUUUAAAACCCGCCGGGCCGGACAGCGUCUCGCUGAGGACGCUGCAGUGGCUGAUGGGACGUCUGAGGCACCAGGGACGGACGCUGCUGUCCACCGCGGGAGGACGGACGCGAGCGCUGCACGAUGUAAGGAGACACAUGUCCUCUGGGGGGCGCUGUCCCUCUGUGUGUAGUAGUUUGAUGACAUCACUUAAGCCCCGCCCACUCAGAGGACACAGUGAAGGUUAUUGGGUGACUGCUUCAGGCUGUGCUGUGUCCAUUAAUCCAUAGUAUCCACAUGAUGUGUUCAAAUGCCAAUCAUUCGCCAAUCAUUCGCCACUGGACAGGAAAUAUCAAUAACUUCUGUCGGAUUUUGGCCAAAAGUUUAAGGCGUUGCAACCAACUCUUACAGAACUGGACUGACGGCCAUUUUGAAGUUUCACCCAAUGUGCCGCCUAGUGGACAGGUGUGUGAAUGGCAUGAGAACCGGUGGGGAGCCGUACCAUCUCUGCUGCAGCGUACUGCCAGAGCAGAACCUGACCAGAACCUGGAGGUUCUGCUCUGUAGGUACGUGUUUCUGGACUAAAAUCCUGGUUAUGGAUCUGAUGUUCUGAGGAACUGCAUGUUGGGCUUCAUACGCUGGACCAGAACCGUCAGCAGGAACAGGACCGGGCGGGUCCGUGUGGGAGGAACCAGGCUCUCCUUCAUGGAGAAUGCUAAAGGGCUCGCACUAGCAAAGCGCAUAAUUCCCACUCUGGAUAGUAGCCACAGCGGCCGUGCACCGGCGCCCCCUGUUGGGGCGUCUGACCAACACCAGCAGGCGAGGCGGGUGGAGCAGGGAACUGCUGCCGCCAUGAUGAAGAGGCAGCUGAAUAUUAGUCAGAAAAUCAAUAAGUAGUUUUGAACAACAGGUGAGCUAUAACUUCACUAUUUCUUCCUCAGGUACUUUCCACCAGCCAGGUUUGCUCUCCGGCUCCCCCUGCUGGCCAAAGCUCUGCGGCGCUGACAGAGGUUUGUUUAAAGCAUCUAAAGCAGGAGAGCUCAAGUCCAGGCCUCAAGAGCCACUGGAUCCUUACUCCAGCAGACCGGGGUCAGCUUUGAACAGGCCUGGUAACAAGUCAUUCAUUUGAUCCAGUGUGUUGGAGCAAGGAAGCAUCUGAAAGUUGCAGGAUGGGAAUUCUCCAGGACUGGACUUGAGCUCCGCUGAUCUAAAGUGCAAUUUCAGCCUGGUGAUAAAUUAAAGGAAGGAAAUAAUGUUUCUGUGUCAGAACUGUGUGUUUGGACCUGCUUCUGGUUCUGCUGCUUGGGAACCAUAGCAGUCUCCUCUGGUUCUGUCCCAGAGUCUCCUUCAUGGUUUGGGUCAAGAUCCAUGAGUAGAGGCUGAAACUGAACUGGUACCAGUUCUGUGGGGGUGAGAUCCCUAAUCACGCCACGAUGGCGUGAUUAGGGUUCCUUCCCCAGGAGGCACCUGGUUUCCUCCCAGCGGUUCUGGCUGGAGCGGUUAGAACUGGGUUAGCCAGAGCGCUGCUGCUGGCUUCCUGGUCGCCUCAUCAGAACCGUUGGUACCUGAACUGAUGUGGGUCGGAUGGUUGGUGUCUGUGGUGAUUGUUGCACCUUCUGUCUUGUCGGCCGGUUCUGGUUCCGGGUAAGAAGCAGACAGGAAGUUGGACUCCUUACUCCUCCUUCUUCCUGUUGCAGGACAGCGUGUGCGUCCAGCAGCUCUGUGACGUCCUGGAGGCGUACCUGAGUUGGAGACGGGUCGAGGACGUCUUCUGGACCUGGAUGGACAGCGUGGCAGACCGUCGUCACGCCGGUCCCCAAUCCGCCACGUCCUUAAGGGGACUGGGGAUGUGUCACCAUGGCAACCAG